GCUCCAGACAGUACUUUGCACUUCCGCUUACAGACGUAUCAUGGCGGCUAGCUCACCGCGGAAUCCCCCUCCUCUACCUGGAGCAGAGAACCAAGACCCACUUUCCGAAAUGGCAGAUGAAGACAGUGACGAAGGGGAGGAUAUAUUCGUUGGCAAUAGCAACCCUGUUGCAGAGUCCUUUCAGCCUGACACAGCCAAUGGUGAAGAACCAGCUGACCUCUUCAGUGAAGAAGAAACCAACACCGCUGUCAACAGUUCCAUCACAACCUCUAAGUCCAACGGUGUCCAUUCAGACAAUGAGAAUGAUCUAUUUGCAGUCCACUCAGAGGCCUCGGUGGAGCUGUCCAUGGAGAACCCCAGCACCACAGCCAAGACCUCUGGAGCUGAAUUCACCCCGUCACUUACACUAUCAGCAACACAACCCAAGUCUAUGGAGCAGUUGGAAGAGGAAAAGGAUGAGGACAGCUUUGACAUGGACAUUGCUGUCACCAAUCCAGAGAAGAUUGGAGAUGGCAUGAACGCUUACAUGGCCUACAAGGUGUCCACUCGGACUACAUUACCCAUGUUCAGAAACAGGACAUUCUCGGUGUGGAGGAGGUUCAGUGAUUUCCUUGGGCUGUAUGAGAAGCUGUCGGUGAAGCACUCCCUGAACGGCUGUAUCAUCCCUCCACCACCAGAGAAGAGCGUUGUGGGGAUGACCAAAGUGAAGGUGGGAAAGGAGGACUCUUCCUCGGCUGACUUUGUGGAGAGGAGGAGAGCGGCUCUGGAGAGGUACCUGCAGAGAGUAGUGUGUCACCCGUCCCUGUUACAAGACCCUGAUGUCAGAGAGUUCCUGGAAAGGGACGAGCUGCCUAGGGCGGUGGGUACACACACACUGAGUGGAGCUGGCUUCCUGAAGAUGAUCAACAGAGCAUCUGAUGCUGUCAGUAAGAUGACCAUCAAGAUCAGCGACUCGGACGCUUGGUUUGACAACAAACUGCAGGAGGUGGAGAGCGAGGAGCUGCAGCUGAGGAAACUCCAUGCGGUGGUGGACUCCCUGGUCAACCACAGAAAGGAGCUCUGCGGGAACACAGCAGUGUUGGCCAAGAGCAUGGCCAUGCUGGGCAACUCGGAGGACAACACAGCUCUGUCCCGGGCCCUCUCCCAACUGGCCGAGGUGGAGGACAAGAUGGAGACGCUACACCAGGAGCAGGCGGCCAGUGACUUCUUCAUCUUGGCCGAGCUGCUGGCCGACUACAUCCGCCUACUUGGAGCCGUCAGGGGCUGUUUUGAGCAGCGCAUGAAAACGUGGCAGCGCUGGCAGGAGGCUCAGAGCACCCUGCAGAAGAAGAGGGAGGUUGAGGCAAAGCUUCUGUGGGCCAACAAGCCUGACAAACUACAACAGGCCAAAGAGGAGAUCACUGAGUGGGAGGGUAAAGUCACUCAGUACGAGAGGGAUUUUGACAGGAUCUCUGUAACCGUUCGCAAGGAAUUCCUCAGGUUUGAGAAAGAGAAGUCCAAGGACUUCAAAAGCCAGAUAGUGAAAUAUCUGGAGUCUCUUCUACAGUCUCAACAGCGGCUCGUAAAGUUCUGGGAAGCAUUCCUGCCUGAAGCAAAAGCGAUAGCAUGAUGAGGCUUGGGGACGUUAGGAAGAGAACGACUGCCUUUUUGAACACUUUACCUCUUGACUAUGUACCCAGAAGACAAUGCAACAGAGGAGACAACUACUCUACAGCUCAACCAUAUUAUUUUCGCAUUACUGAUUUAUUUUCCAGCUUUUCAGUAUGCUCUACAUCGGCACAAUGUAUCUAUUCAACAGAGAUUCAUUUGACAGUAUAGCUUUUCUAUGUAAACAUGUAAGUGGGAUAUUUUUUACUCUGUGUUCUUGGGCCACCCUUACUCAGAUAGGAAGAGUUUGACUUUCUAAUCCUAAAGUGUUCACAUUUUGAGGUACUUCCCUACAGUAGUAGUGUUUGUUUACAGUGGAGGGCAGUUCAUAACUGUUUACAAAAGCUCAUGAAAUAACUUUUGGAUCCACAAACGCAUGGGGGAAUGUAGUAAAUUGUGUGUGUCGUGUGAAAUACCACUUUGACUAGAGAGCUCAUUCAAACUGAUAGACGGACUAAUACCAACGGUCCUCAAUUUGUGCAUUUCCAGAAUUACAGUGAAGGGACAAAAUAAUAGAAGCAUGGAGUGUAUGUUUAUGGUGACCCAUCAGAUGAGUGUGCCUGCCUGUGUCUUUGUGCGUGUUCACCAUUGUUUGAUCAUCAGUUGAUAUACAUCUGUGACCUCAAAUAAUUAGGAUCAACAACAGUCUUUCUGAACUAACCAUCAGUAUAUUUUUACAUCUGUGUUCAAACAUGUAGCCUCAUUGAAUUCAGUGUGAUUGUGAAAUGUGUCAUGUUCAGUGUUGGAAAAAGUACUCAAUCGUCCUACUUGAGUAAAAGUAAAGAUAAAUCAAUAAAAAAUGACUAAAAUAAAAGUAAACGUCACCCAGUAAAAUACUACUUGAGUAAAAGUCUAAAGGUAUCUGGUUUUAAAUGUACUUAAGUACAAGUGGUUGAAAAAAAGUACUAAAUGUUCAUACUUGAGUAAAAGUCAAUGCUAUACAUAAAAUUCCUUAUAUUAAGCAAACCAGACAGCACGAUUUUCUUGUUUUUUAUUUGUUUACAGACAGACUGCGGCACUGCAACACUCAGACAUAAUUUACAAAAGCAGUAUUUGUGCUUAAUGAGUCUUCCAGAUCAGAGGCAGUAGGGGUGACAAUGCAUUAUAUAGAUAGGUGUGUGAAUUGGACCAUAAUUCUAUCCUGCCUCAGCAUUCAAAAUGUAACGAGUUCUUUUGGGUGUCGGGGUAAAUGUAUGGGAGUAGUACAUAUCUUUAGGAAUGUUGUGGAGUAAAAGUAGUCAAAUAUAAAUAGUAAUGUACACAUACCCAAGUAUUUUUUUCUUAUGUACUUUAAACCACUGGUCAUGUUUCCUCAUAAUUUUGAUAAACUCGCAACAGUGCUUGACUUGGACUGAAAUAGGUGUCAGUACUCAUUUUGGGUGCUGGUGCUGUUAUUAAGGUGCAGGAACUCCAUAAUACUUUUGAACUAAAUAUUCUAUAUAAGGUGCAGGAACUCAAGCAGUAGAAAAUUAGGUGCCGGUAUUCAGUUUCGGUUGGGGUUAUACCCAAAUCCAGCACUGACUAGCAGUGUGUAAUGAUGAUGAAAGCAUAGUGAUAACAAGUGUUGACUCCUUUAGUUUUCUUACCCAACAUUUAUAUGAGUGUCUGUUCUUUUUCCUCAAGAUGGGCUUUAUUUUUGUAACCACUCACAUUUAGAUAAGAUAUUCCUGAAAAUUCUAUAGAAGGGAGUAAUAAAGAUGAUUGAUUGAACUUCG